UUGACGCGCGGACAAAAUUCUUCUUCUCUGCGAUUUGUAUUGUUUGUUCUUCAUCCCCUAAAAAAAAAAAAAAUACAAAAAUAAGAGAGAGAAAAGUUUUUGAAAAUUAAACUGGGGGUGGUUUUUCCGUUGUUUAGGUUUAUUUUUUAUGUGAAUAAAUUCAUCCCAAAUGUGCUGUAACCUUAUUGUGUGUUCUCUCAAAAAGGAUUACACUCUUGUUAUAACCGUUAUCAAGUGAAAUUCCAACGGGAACAUGCCUUUUGCAUGUUAUGCUAUACUUAAAGGCCAACUACCAUCAACCCAACAACAAAGUUCUUUGAUACAAUGUGAAUACAAAAAAGAGCUAAGCGAAGCAAUUAAUUCAAAUGAAAUUUAAUUUAGUACUGGGUUUUUGUGAUAAAAACGGAAAUAAAUUAAAAGCCGGUUUUCAAAUUCUAUUGUUAUGCGAGUAUUUUCAAACACAACAUCAACAACAAAAACAACGAGAAAAAAUGUACGCUGUAAAUAAUUUGAAUGAACGAUUGUAACAGUCAGUCGUUUAAAUAAAAAUUAAAUUCAGUUCAGUUUUUAGGGGGAAGGAGUGCACAGAAAAAAAAGCAUAAAUAAAACGGUGAUUUGUGCGAAGAAGUGAAAUAUUUGAAAUCCUUGUUGGUCCUUGUUUUUUUUAUUGCUCGGAAUAUGCGGUUUGAAUUCUUGAGUCCUUAUUUUUCGAAAUCGUCCUUAUCGUUGACUAUGGAAUACAAAUAGACAAACGCACUUACCCACAUAUACUCGACUCGGGUGAACGUCGUCGGUCUUCGUCGUUGUAGUCGUCGUCGUCUUCCUUACACACAAUACGACACAACGCAAAACCCUAGACGUUGCGGAAUGUCCAGCAUUAUAAUGACGACGAUGAUGAUGAUGCAAACAUCAUUAUUCACCAACAAAAACUACUGGCAAGGAUCAAUAGCCAUGAAUGCAAAAUGUCUGUGCAUUUUUAUGAUAUUACUACUUAGAUGGUCAAGUGUAGAAGCAUCACAUCCACCUAGGAUUACAGAACAUCCCACAGAUACGACUGUGCCACGGCAUGAACCAGCAACACUCAACUGCAAGGCCGAAGGAUCACCUACGCCAACAAUACAAUGGUAUAAGGAUGGAGUCCCAUUGAAAAUACUGCCAGGUUCACAUAGGAUAACUUUACCUGCGGGAGGAUUAUUUUUUCUCAAGGUUGUAAAUUCACGUCGGGAAAGUGAUGCCGGGGUAUAUUGGUGCGAGGCUAAGAACGAGCUUGGAGUGUCACAGAGCAGGAAUGCUACAUUACAAGUUGCCGUCCUUCGAGAUGAAUUUCGUUUGGAACCUCAAAAUACCCGAAUCGCUCAAGGGGAAACAGCUCUGCUGGAAUGUGCGGCACCUCGUGGUAUACCCGAACCUAUUGUUACCUGGAAAAAAGGUGGCCAAAAACUUGACUUAGAUGGCAACAAACGUAUACGCAUUGUUGAUGGUGGCAAUUUGGCAAUUCAAGAGGCCCGUCAAAGUGACGAGGGUCAAUACCAGUGCGUAGCUAAGAAUCCAGUUGGAGUUCGAGAGUCAGUUGCUGCCAUUCUAAAAGUUCAUGUAAAACCAUUUAUUAUCCGUGGGCCACAUAACCAAGUUGUGUUGGAAGGUUCUUCAGUGACAUUUUCUUGUCGCGUAGGAGGUGACCCUAUGCCAGAUGUCCUUUGGUUGAGGACAGCCUCAGGGGGGAAUAUGCCAUUGGAUCGGGUACAUGUUUUGGAGGACCGGUCCCUACGCUUGGAGCGUGUCACUUUAGAGGACGAAGGUGAAUAUAGCUGUGAGGCUGACAAUGUAGUGGGAUCCAUUUCAGCUGUUGGCACCUUGACAGUUCAUUCUCCUCCAAAGUUUGCCGUUCGGCCGUCUUCAAAGUCAGUUGAUGUCGACUCUGAUGUUUCAAUAGACUGUCAGGCCACAGGCAGCCCCUCCCCCACCAUCUUCUGGUCGAUUCGAGGAAACCAAUCGCUUAUAUUCCCCGGCAACAAGUUUAAUCGUUUCGAAGCCUCAGCCAUAGAUGCCAAUGGCCGCACCACUCUUACAGUGAGCAAAUUGCAACGUACCGAAGCCAGCCUUGUUGUGAUAUGCAAUGCAAUCAACGAAGCCGGAGCGGUAAGUGCCAGAGCCCAACUAAGCAUCGACUCCCAAGACGACCAUCCACCGCCCAUCAUCAUUGCUGGCCCUGUCAAUCAAACCCUGCCCGUCAAAUCCCUGGCUGUGCUCAAUUGCAAGUCAAUUGGACAGCCCCAGCCGACUGUGUCCUGGUACCGGGACGGUAUACCCGUAAUUAAUUCGAAUAAAAUAAACAUCACUGCGUCGGGAGAUCUGGUUAUCUCUGACUUGGACCGUAACGAGGAUCAGGGUCUGUACACUUGUGUGGUUAGCAGUCAGAGUGGUAAAUCAACAUGGAGCGGCUAUUUACGCAUAGAACUACCCACAAAUCCCAAUAUAAAAUUCUUUCGUGCUCCGGAACCAUCAAAAUGCCCCAGUGCACCCGGAAAGCCAAAAGUUGUAAGCUCAACAAACGAUUCGGUGACAGUGGCAUGGAUGCCAAGUGAAAAGUUUGGUGCCUCCCCAUUGUUGGGCUAUGCUGUCGAAAUGUUUUCCACAAACAAGAGCCGAACAUGGAUACCUCUGGCCAACAGAUUGAUGCAAACUAUUUACACGGCUACUGGUCUGGAUGCGGGUGCUGUUUACAUGUUCAUAGUGCGGGCAGAGAAUUUGUUAGGCUUCUCACAUCCGAGUGCAAUUUCGGAAAGUUUUACAGCUGGCCAAGUGGUGCGCGAAGAGAAGGAUAUAAUUUUAAGCGAAGCUGAGGCACUUUUGACGGCAAACAGUGCUGUCGAGUUGCUAGAAGCAAAUGCAACUGAUUCCACUGGUGUACGUUUGGUAUGGGACAUCGACAGUGGAAAGUUUAUUGAGGGUUUUUACAUUUAUGCUCGUGAUGUGUCUUCUUCGACAUUGAUGGCGGGUGUAGCAUUGGGUAUGGGAAUGGGAAUGGGUAGGCAUCUGCAGGCAACAUCAACCACAACUUCUACGAGUGCUUCUAGUGGAGGAAGUUAUAAAAUGUUAACCGUGUUGAAUGGUGGUGGAGCUUCAGCGUGUACCAUUAGUGGCCUUCAAAAGGCCACAAGGUAUGAAUUUUUCAUUGUUCCAUUUUAUAAGUCGAUCGAAGGCAGACCCUCGAAUGCAAAGUAUGCAACCACUCUGGAAGACGUUCCUGAAUCACCGCCCGUGGAUAUGGAAGCAAUCUCAUUCAAUAAGACUUCGGUGUUCCUAAAAUGGCAGCCACCAUCAAAUCGUACAGCAAAUGGAAUCCUAACCACCUACAAUAUCAUCGUUCAGGGUCUGGACUUGCACAACACCACAAGGAUAUUCAAGAAUAUGACAAUCGAUGCCGCAACCCCAUCGCUGCUGUUGGCCAAUUUAACAUCUGGUGUUACGUACUACAUUAGUGUGGCGGCAGCAAACAAAAUGGGUGUUGGCCCUUUCUCGCAGCCAUCGGUGCUGCGUAUGGAUCCGAGGACACAGUCUCUGGACACCGGAUAUACCGCCAGGUAUCCUAUCAACAGAGAUAUUGCUGACGACUUCCUAACCCAGACGUGGUUCAUCGUGCUCCUUGGAUCGAUUAUAGCCAUUAUUGUGUUCCUGUUCGGUGCCAUGAUUCUGUUCAAACGGUAUCAGUACAUCAAGCAGACUUCCUUGGGUAGUUUACAUGGAAAUCACGCAAUCGGAACGGUACGAAAAUUUCCAACUUUGCCACUUAAUGCGAAUGGAGUUUGGAUUGAUCCAACUGGAGGAGUUUGGCGACAGGCAACGUCUGUUACUACAACAAAAGAUUCAAUUUCGGAUUACGCACCACAACACCUGCAUCCGACGUUGCCCCUUCCGGACUAUGAAAGGCUAACUCCACUUAAUAUGCCCGAUUACGCUGAAGUUGCAUGUUCAACAUUUAAAAAUCCCAACUCAACCCUGUCGUCGAUGUCGGCCAACAACAACAAUCAUGCUGCCAUCACAGCCGCCCUCUAUGAUAGCUGUGGCGCGUACGCAACAACGAAUUUAGUUGCAAAUGCCAAAUUGUAUCAGAAUCGUUAUGCGACAGCAACAAAAGCUAACACAACAGCAAUGGCCCGUUCGACGGAUAACAUCCUCGGUGACUAUCGAGCUACAGGGAUGUAUUCAGCACCACCUAGCGCCCACUAUGGAUUCGAUGCUAGCUGCUUCAAUGACACAAAUUAUCCCAUGAGCCAGGACAGCAAUAUUACAGCUACACUCGGACCACCACCACCAACAUCAAAGUCGACCAAGUCAUCCCCUCAACAAUCAAUGGGAAAGCCUAGUAAGCUGGGCCAGCAUUAUAACAAGCAGCAUCAGUCUACAUCGUCAUCAUCGUCGUCGACGGCGGCAGCAGCAACGGCAGCAGGGGUGGGAGUAUCAAACCUAAUUUCCCGAGCACCAAAAAUGAACAUAACGGAAAAUAAAAUGGAUCUCAUAAAUAACCUAAAUCUUACGUCAUCAUCAUCAACGGCAUCGCCGUCAACGUCCUCUUCAACGACCUCAUCAUCUCCCCCAUCGUAUGCAAUUGGAGUGCUUGGAGUGUCCUCCGCAUCGGCAGCUGGAGCAUCAGCCACAACGACAACAACAACAAACGCAUUCAUUCCAAAUUUCCUCAACUCGACUUCGGCAUCGGCAUUGUCGUCGUCGUCGUCGCCCUCCUCCUUUUCAUCCCCCUCCAAACACCACCAGCACCAACAGCAGCAACAUCAUUCGUUGCUGAAUGGUUUUAAGGCUGGCAUCCACCACCAACAACAUCAGCAGCAGCAUCAAAUGGUCAAUACGUUCUCCCCCACCCAUAGCAACAACAGCAACAGCCACAACGAAAAUCACCAUUCCCAAGUGGCGCCCGAGUGUGGAACAAUGAAACGCAAUCGUAAUCCCAAACUUUUCAAGAGUGAUAAUAACAUAAAUACUGCGUGUAACGGUAGUAGUGGUGGUGGUGGUAAUAAUACCAACAGCUACAAGAAUUGCUAUUCCCCCCUCCUAGGAGGAAGGACAACGGCGGCAGCGGCAACGGCUCAACCACCGACAACUGCAGUGCACAAUAACGACGACAGUUAUUGCUCGAGCAGUAAUCAUCUGCUCCUGAAUGACUAUGCUGAUCAAUUUGGCAGUAAGCUGCCUGCCAAGCAGCACUUGUAUGUUAAGGCCAAGGACGGUACAUGGUCGGCAGUGAGUAGCGACGCAUAUCAAUAUAAGACAACUUCAGGCAACGGUAGCUGCAGUGGCAGCGGCAGCGGCAGCACAACGAACUGCAGUGAAAGGAACUCCAAUGCAACAGACACAAGCAACAAUGGUGCCAUAAUCGACGAUGAGAGUUGCCGUUUAGUAAGUAGUAGUAAAUCCAAUAUAAAUAGUAUUAAUUGUAGUGCCGGAUCGCAAAAGUAUCUAACAAGUUUUGGCAAGAGUGAUAUUGUGUAAAUAAAUAAAAACAAAACAAAUUAAUUUAAUAUAAUGAAAAACAAAAUAAAUAAUAAUGUUUAUAAAGAUUAACUAAAACUAUAAAAGGUACAUCAGGCAAAUACUAAUUAUAUUUGGAGAUAUUUCUGCUCGAAGUUAUGCAGAUGCACGCGCAAAAAAAAUCGCUUUGUUCAAAAUAAGAAAAAUAGUGAGGCUGUAAGUUAGAGUGUAGAAAAACAAGAAAAUUAGGAUAUGUUACGAAACAGAAUUCAACUUUAAUCAUAAAAAAGGUUUUGAAAAGGCUUUGCAGUAAAUUAUGAACCAAUGUAGAAGUUUCUUUUGUUUUGCUGUGGGAUGAGACAAUGAUGAUGACAUCAUGAAAAAGUCUUGUAGGAAUAUUAUUUUUACGAGUUUACAUAUCAAACAAAACAAUUUUUAGUUUUCUUAGUUUUUAAGGUUCUUAGGUGGAAUUUUAAAAUAUUGCCCAGGGCAAAUAAGUAAUUUUUUUAAUAUUUAAUUUGCCAGCAAAAUGUUAGGGUAUCGUUUGACAGCUGUCAAGAAAUCGAAUACGAGCAAUUUUAAUGUUAUGAACACACGAUGCAACGCAACUUCAAACGGAUGAGUAGCACAAGAUGGCUGACUCUAGGAAUUUACAUGGAGACAUUUUGAUACUUCAAUUUUUAAUUGAAGAUACCUACUAUUCUCUUCUCAAACUAUUUGUAAACGUGAAAGCUAUAGAUGAAAGCUCAUUCAGCUUUAGAUCAUAUCCUAUUUACUGCACUCUAUUGAAACAGGGUAGUUAUGCUCUUAUUCACUGUCGUCAUCUUAUUAACUUGAAAGUUAUAAAGAUUAUUCAAAGGUAAGUUGAAAUUCAUUCACGGUUUCGAUAAUUUUCGAAACCGCAUAACAGCGGAACUGAUACUUAGUACUUCUUGCAGAAUUCCCAAUGUGGUAUGAGCUGUGUGGCACCUAUAUAUUGCUAGUCGCUUGAUUAAAAUUACCGUUCUCAAACCUUCAUGGACUCAAGUAACCCGCCCAUAUACACACUAAACAUUGGUUUUGAAAUAAAGUUCAUCACAGAAGUUAAAUUUUCAAUAAAAAGUUUGUUCAGAUUUUUUUUCCGUAGCAAAAUAGACGAACAUUUCCCGAACGUAAUUUAAUUAUUUGCACGUAUUGUUGAAUGCUUUAAUGGUUUGAGGUUCAAUAAAUAAUAGAAAAUAAAGCUAUGGUUGCUAUAAACUGUCAUACUUUAUAGAUCUUUAUUUUAAGACCUAAUUAUAUCCUUUAAAGAAGUUAUUAAAGGAUUUACAACUAACCUAAUUUAAGGUCCCAUAUAUACCUCCAAGCUCUCUUAACAACUUUUAUGAAAACUUAAUUAAUUGCAUAGACAAAAUAAACGAUCAAAUUGAGCCACUAGUCUUAGGAGAUUUCAAUCUUCCAAACUUGAUCUGGACUAAACAGACCCCAUUCCACAGAUCUCAUCAAAUUGGACUAAUCCAUUUUAAUGGGAUUGUCAAAAACUGCAACAAAAUAUUGGACCUUAUAUUCUUCUCGAAUGCUGAUAUUGCUGUAAAUUCAGCCAAUACCCUACUUGUCGAAGAAGACCGACAUCACCCAGCAUUAGAUCUUACUCUUAUUUUAAAUGUAUGUAAUGUUCCUAAUUGCUCCAAAGAAAAUCUUGAAUUUAACUUUAAAAAAUGCAGACUCAAUAAACUUUUCCACCUGUUAUGUAAUGUUAACUGAAAUUAUUUGUUUAAGAACUGCGACAUUAAUGCUAUGUGCAAUAAAUUCUACUGUGUUCUCUUUAAAUUAUUUUAUGAGACCACACCAUUGCGAAAACCACGCAAUAUUUCUAAAUCUCCUCCAUGGUUUGACUCUUGUCUAAAAAACUUAAAAAAUAAAAGAAACAAGGCCUUGAUUAAAUAUAAUGAAACAAAAGCUGAUAAUGACUUGGUAAUAUACGAUGAGCUAAGAAAUUGUAAGUCUAUAAUUUGUGACAGUCAACAUGGUUUUGUUCAAAAUAAAUCAACAGAUACUAACCUCUUUUAUUUCAGUUUUUUUGUUUAGACUCGUUUGAAAAACGAAAACAAGUUGACUGUGUCUUCACAGACUUCAGUAAAGCCUUUGAUGAAUUGUGCCAUUAAACAUUAACUUCCAAACUUAAAUCCCAAGGCUUUAACGAUUGUUAGUUGGGUUCCGUCCUACUUAUAUAUAAAAGAUCAUACAGCGCAGUUUUUAGAAAUGAGCGGUCAUCAUAUUCUUAAAGCAACUCUAGCGUACCACAAAGCAGCCACUUAGGACAUUUACUGUUUAUUUUUUACGUUAAAGACUUACCUUCUAUUAUAAAACACUCAUCUGUUUUAAUUUACACUGAUGACAUUAAAAUGUUCAAACGUAUUGACUCUCUUGACCACUGUUUACUCCUAAAAGAUGAUCUAAAUAGUUUUCGCGAAUAGUGUUUAAAAAAAAUAAGCUUUUACCAGACAUAGACAAAUGUAAAUCAAUGUGUUUUACAUGCAAACAAAAUAUUUUGACUUUCAAUUAUCAAUUAGACUCUUCUUAUUUGACUAAACUCUCUACUUUCUCUGAUCUAGAUAUUAUUCUUGACUCAA